AUGAUAAAGGACAAGCCAAGACGCUGGCAUGAAACCCUUUUAGAAGCCUUGUGGGCUUAUAGAAAUUCAAAGCGAACAAGUACAGGAACAACUCCUUAUCGGCUAACAUUUGGCCAUGAUACUGUGUUACCGAUAAAGUUAAAUGUGAAAUCGGCAAGGCUGGCUUUACAACACAAUCUUAUACCUGCCGAUUAUAAUGAAGCUAUGCUUGCCGAGUUGGAAGAUUUAGAUGAAGUCCAAAAACUUACUUUAAACCACCUUAUGGUCCAUAAAGUAAAGGUAAUGAAGGCUUACAACAAAAGGGUGAAGUUUAAGUCAUUUGCAGAAGGUGAUAUGGUUUGGCAAACAAUCCUUCCACCUGGAAAGGUGGAUAGAACUUAUGAAAAGUGGUCACCUACAUGGAAGGGACCAUAUAUAGUUCACCAAGUGUUGCAUGGAGGAACUUACAAGCUAAAGAAUAUAGAUGGUGAAAUUCAUGAGAGACCAAUAAAUGGAAGGUACCUAAAAAAAUAUAAACCAACUAUUUUUGAGCUUAUGGAGGAGAAAAUCUCCAUUAAGUCAAGUUAG